AUGAGUUUGCAACUUGUCCAUGCUCAUGGAACGCCGCAAUGUCAUUUUGCACGUAUCCCGACAGAAGGUUUAGAGCAUGAUGCGAUCGCCUUAAAGGCAGUGCUUGAAGGUCCCGUGGCCAGCUUGUGUGAACAAGCAUCAACGUCUGAAUCGGGUGACCACGGACUCAUUAGUUACGUUGCGAAGGAUGUCUUGUUUACAAUCAAGCGUGGUACAACUGCGCAGAACGAGGGAGGAUGUGUAAUGGCCUUCCAAAGCAUCUUCGAUUUGUGUAUUGUCGAUCAGCAUGCUGAAGGUGGUGCCAUCAGCGCCAGUGGAAGUGGAGCGGUAUACGAGGUGUCCACUCAACUUCCCAACUCUCUCAUUGCUCGUGCAAAAAAGCCAAAGAAGCCUACAAAAGUACCAACCAAACCACCUGCCAAAGCUCCUGCAAAAAUAUCCACCAAGGCACCUACAAAAGCGCCAACAAAAGCACCUGUAAAUUCAACCCCAACCCCAGUCAAGAAAACCACUUCCAGAGUGCAGCCCUCAGCCACGAAAGUGUCUAGCUCUGCAAAGCCUACACCAACAAAGACUUGCAAGAAGCUUUACAGCGAGUUGUUGGCGUCUAGUCGCAAGGUAGCUCUCGCAGAAAGGAGGGAGGAGAGCCUGAUUGAUCGUCGGGGUUUUAGUGGUAGCAGAGUUCAUGUUGAGAAGCGCUGGUCCGCAAAAUCCGGAAAGGCUUGUGGCUUCGAACUGAAAGCGUUGAGCUACCCUGAAAGGGAACCAAAGAAAGGAGAAAUGUCCAAAAAUGCGAACUGGUACGGAUUCGUCAAGCCUGACGUGUGCGACGACCUUGUGUUCAGGUCGGCAAACAGCCCGGCACCAGGUAUCGCCGUGGGAGAUUAUGAGGUCGAGCACAUCCUCGAAUGGAACGUCGUGACUCGGUUCUUUGAUUGGGUCCGUGAUCAAAAACCCGGGAACAUCUUCGAUCACCCAGAUAAGGCGCAGAAAAACACGAAGGUGGACUUUUGCGACUACUGGAAAGAGACGUGGACAACAGACGAUGUGCAAUUACUGACCUUCAAGAUCACAGAUGGGUCUCCCGGCAGCGAUGGCGAAGCCAGGGGUGUUCUGAAGCACAUUGCGUACGCAUUUCCUGGACGAGACAACUUCCCUGAAGAGUUUGUCUAUCUGCACGAGCUUCUAAACGCGCCUGCAAAAACUGAAAUGUGGAAACCGAAAUCUCCUGGUUCCGGGAUCUAUGACCAAGGAAGAAUCACCAGGGCUAUUGUAGGGAGAGGUCCUAGGAACAGGAAAACGCUAAACAUCGACGCGGCCAGGUCAGCUCUGUUAGAAGUGAAGCAUUUAUUGGGUGCCCGCAAGUACAUGAAUAGUAAAGAGAUACAAGGGAUUCUGAAGAAACAGAAAGUCAGAAUGGGGGAGAUGAUCAGUCGCCUCGACGUAGAAAUGGCGAAUCACCCGAGAGCCAACUUCAACGCCUGGCAGCCUCAACAGCUUGGAGCGCUUUGGAACAAAUACAUGAAUCAGAAGUUUGCCGAUGCAAAGGCGAGGACCGACCGUGAUAUGGAUGGGUACUUGGCCAUGCUGGUCAAGGCGUGGACACCUGUCAAAGACAAGGACCAAAAUCACAAAGACUUCUUUGCUAGUAUUGAGAAGGUUAGAAAAGAAUGGACUCUGGAGAAGAGGCGACCAUGGGUGGCUCCAUGGUAA